UCAUAUGGACACUACUCUGUUUAGGAAUGAGCAUUUGCAUAACUAUUUGUAAAUCAGAAAGACCACCGGGAGAACGCGAAAUGCAAACUUGGUAUGACAGUGCGUCUAUGUGCAGAUUAGUAACAAAUGAAAAUCCUCCUUUUUUGGACAAUUUUGAAGGAUGUGUAGGCAGAAUGUAUUUAAACACAUCCUGGAUGACAUACGAAGGUUGUUUCUUCUUAACAAAACGCAUAAAUAAGAAUAUUACAUUGAAAGAGAAUUCACCAGCACUGUGCUCUUUACUUUGCACAACUUAUCAGUAUUUAGGAUUAAAGGAACAAUUGUGUGUGUGUUUGAACAAAACAGAUAUUGAAGAAGGUGGUUUCCAGGGUGUAGUCACAACAACUGAUUGCAUUGCAUGUUGUACAUCGACAGAUCCAUGGCGUACAUGUGGAUCAUCGUCAGAUACAUAUUACUCUAUUUAUGAACAUAACUUAGAACCGUAUGGCAUUCAGGACACAUUCAAUUCGUGUAUUAAGAAAACAAAGAAUGAAUGUUCAGAAGAUGGUUCAAUUGUCCAUUCGUGUAUAAUAGCAAAAAAAAGUUGCGUCGACCGAACAGAAGACUUUUGUGAAAAUCAACAAGACGCAGAUUCAACUGUAAACAAUUGCAGAACUGACAUGAAUGAUUCGACGUGCCCGAAUAUUGAAGCCGCACACAAUGAUUCCAGCUUGUCGUCAUAUUGGUUGACAUUUUACAAAUCUACUAUCUCUGUUUGGUUGGAUGAAUCCAUUGCUAUGCGCAUACUUGAUAGAAAUUUAUCCUGCGAUCUUGGAAUUUCCAGUAUACAAAAUCACAGUUAUGUAUUCGUCACAAAUUCCAACGGAGUAAAAUUACAAAGUAGACAAUGCAACAGUUCUCAGUCAAAAAUUGCUUAUACAGGCCUAGAUAGAUAUUUUUCGUUGUUUUUCCAAAAGCAAAACUGUGACACAGAGAAAACCACUAAUGGCGACAUAAGCACAAUCACAGAUUAUAUGAAUAAAGAAGAGUCUAGCAAAAACUACGAGCAGAAAUUCCCAACUGACAGUGGAAACAACACUACAACUGCAAAUAGUACUAUAAGUGAAGAAAAUGAUGACGAAAUAUUUCUGAUUCAAAUGGGUUUUAUCCUUGGUUCGUGUGCUAUGGUAAUGCUAAUUGCAGUUCUUGCAUGCUGCAUUCGCAUUACGAGGAGGUCUGUAGAAAAUAUUGUCAUUGCCAUGGAAGGACCUCCACAGCACACCAUACCAAUUGCUGCGUUGGCUGAAAAUUAUUCCACUCCUAAAGACAAAGCCUCCACAUGUAAUGAAAUUGAAGGACCGCGUUCCUGUGCAACAGCAUCUUGUCGAAACACGAAUUACCAAAAGACGGAAAACAGUGAAUAUCAACAUCUUGAUUUCACAUUGCGAUCUGAAACAACGCCACGCUUCGCGGACAACAAUGAAUACCACCAUGGUAGAGCUAAUGUGAUCAGUGUUUUCGAACAGCCGUGGGACACUGCAACCUCUAAAGUGAACAAAUUGUUUUCUCAGAUUAGCAAAAGCGUUGUACAAAAAGGUCAAAACAUGCGCAAAUACUUAAUCAAAAGGCGCGCAUCAGGAUCUGACAGUGUAGAAUUAAAAUGCCGAGCGAGUAAUUAUUGUGAUGCUUGGAAAACACAAUUGAACAAUCAACAGUUUGUAUUCGAUUCUGAGGAGGAAAAUCAAAGUAAUAUAAGUAUAAACGUAGAGAAUUCUUCCGUCGAUUCCAACAAAGAUGAGUCCGAAUUUAGAAAGACUGACAGUGCAUUUCCGGUUUUACCAUUUUCAGAGAGAAUAAACGUUAAAAGUACACACAUUUAUGACGAGCCAGACGACAGAAGAUUGUCUUUAAGAGAAAGACUCUUGCAUAUGCUUUCAAUAAAAACACAUAAAAUGUCAUUUGGUAUUGAACUCGAUUUAAGAGGAUCUAGAAGCAAUUCUAAAAUUUGUUCUUUAGCAACACCUAUUGAUGAAAUAGAUGAGAGUGACGCUUAAAUUGUAUAAUUUAAAAUUUUGAAAAAAGCAAAAACUGGGAGUCAAUGUAAAUUAAUUUUUUUGGUAAGCCUUUUGUUUUUCUUUUUUUUAGAUAAAAAAAAUUUUAAAUGAUUAAUUAUGUUUUUUUAUACUGAGCGCCAAGCUGCUUUUUCGUUUAUGAAUUCUGAUAUAUUGUGCAACUGGAAAUUAAUCUUAUUUUCUGGUGUUGUUCCAUUAAUAAAAAUGAUGUUUGGUUAUUGAGUUUGUAUUUAUAGUUAAUAAAGCAUGACUUGUUAA